UCAGAAGCGUUUGAGCAAUUUCAAGGUCACGGAGCCAAGUUCAACACCUGAUGCUCACAUACGAUCGGUCUACAGGGGAUCUUAGAGCAGAGGUGAAUAUUGAGAGGCUACAAGAGGUGAGACUACUAAGAAGUUCUUGUACCUGCGACUGCGGUUAUCAAAUGACUGCAAUAAAAUGUGCAGACCACCAUGGUGAGGUUGUAUUUCGUUGUUCUUCAAGUUGGAGGGAAAAGUCUGCUCGAACGGGGACUUUCUUCGCUCGAUCGCGACUGAAACUGAAGCAGAUCAUGAUAAUAGUUACAAAUUGGGUAAUAAAGACACCAGUAACACUGGCUGCGGCGUUUGCAGAUGUUACUGAAACUUCAGCUGCCCAGUGGUAUGAAUACUGCCGUGACAUAUGCGCAGCUAAAAUGACAAGUAUACACCAAUCAUUUGGAGGAGUAGGACGUAUCGUAGAGAUAGAUGAAACGGUAGUGAGAAAGCGAAAAUACAACAAGGGACGUAGUGUAAAGGAAGAUUGGGUACUUGGAAUUUACGAUAGAUCAAGUCGAAAGGGACAUUUCCAGAAGGUCACAAACCGUCAAGCAACCACAAUAAUACCAAUCAUACAGGAAUACGUCCUGCCGGGUACUACGAUAUAUACGGAUGACUGGAGAGCGUAUCGAUGUCUUCAUAGACUUGGAUAUGUUCACCACUUCGUAGUCCACAAACGUCAUUUCGUUGACCCAACAACCGGCGUUCAUACGAAUAACAUUGAAGCCAUGUGGUCACGACUGAAGGAGUUUUAAGACCAUAUCACGGCUCCAGAGGUCGACUAUUAUGGAGCCAUAUGGAUGAAUUUUUAUACCGUAUGCAAUAUGAUUUCAAAACAUCUGAACCUUUA